CAGCUUUGGUUAAUAAACUUCAGAGUAGAUUCCAUAAGGUUCAUAUUCUAAUUCCUCUGCCUUGUGUGCAGGAAACAUGUACUCCCUGCUAUCUGUAAAACCCCCUUCCUCCCUUCUGGUGCCUCUUCAUGUUCCCCAAAGGCUAUUGCUUGGUCCAGGUCCCACAGAUGUACCCCCACGAAUCCGGAUUGCUGGGGCUCAACCAAUGCUUAGUCCACUGAACCCAGACAUGAUACAGGUAAGGAUUUACUUAGUAAGAGAUUCCCAAAAAUAAACAAAACAAAGUACAAGAUACAGGACUGGUGUCCUAGGUGAGAUCGUAUGAGAUACAGAUCUGUGACUAUGCUCGGAUGGUAUCUGCUAUCCUGAUAUAUUCUAAAUUGUUUCAUAGAUACACUAUUUAAUUAAAUGGUUAGUGCAUUGGGAAUAAAUGUGAAUCCAGUAGUCUGUAAGAGGUAGCCAGCACUUUCUCUCACUCAAUUUCUUCCAUCCAUAUUUACUUCUGCAUCAUUGUUAUAGUGCUUUGUACACACAGGUACACUUUCUUUUAUGUAAAAAAAAUAUAAUUGAUCUACACAAGGCACUUUUCUUUCUUGCUUUAUAUAGAAGCACUCUGGGUUUUUUCUCUACUUUGUAUAACACCAGAUUGAUGCAGAGAACAGAAAGAAUCUCCAGACACUCACAGAAUUCAAGCCACGGGCAGGUUUAUUGGAUCAAAAAGGCAAAGCAACGUUUCGACCUGCUGAGAGAUCUUUAUCAACCAGAUUAAUGCACGGCAUUAAUCCUAUUCGAGCCCACGGCUUGCAUGCUAUAUUACUGUUAUUGGCUUUCCUGGUAUUUUAACCCAGGCUAGUUUUGACUAUUUUACAAUUCAAUAUCCAUAACCUGGCUAGCUUUGACUACUCUGUUUUCUGUUAUCCUGACCUGGCAAGUCAUUCUGGACUGAGUUUAUAUUAGCUUUUAGUUGCUAAAAAAAAAAUUAUUCCAUCAUGGAUUAAACCUGACUAUUCUAAAGUUUGGUAAAACACCUAACGAUCAUCAUACUUUUAUCCUUUGGCAGAAUACUAACCUAUACUUUGCUGAGGAUCAAAUGUAACCAUGGCAGAAGAGUGGUGAUGAGCUUUGGCACAGACCAUCCUCUUCAAAAAUAUUAAGAUCACAAUGUGCUUCAUUUUGCUAAAUAACUAAAUGCCCCAAAGUCAAUUCACCGUGUUCUGUCUUUGCCUACAGAUAAUGGAUGACAUUAAGAAGGGGAUACAGUAUGCAUUCCAGACCCAGAACCCCCUGACCAUAGCGUUGAGUGGCUCUGGUCACUGUGCUAUGGAGGCAGCGCUUUUUAACGUGGUGGAGAAAGGAGACGUGGUGCUUAUUGCAGUAAAAGGAAUUUGGGGAGAGCGAGCAGCUGACAUUGCAGAGAGGAUAGGUAAGAAAAUGAUAUGGAUCGGAUCAGCUUAACUCACAUUUAAAACAUGAUUUUGCAAACUCUGUAACCAGC